GCACCGCAUCAGCCUGCUCAACCCUUUAAAUUUACCAUUUCCGAGUCCUGCGAUCGGAUUAAGGAAGAGUUUCAGUUUUUGCAGGCUCAAUACCACAGUCUGAAGCUGGAAUGUGAGAAACUCGCCAGUGAGAAGACGGAGAUGCAGCGGCACUAUGUCAUGUAUUACGAAAUGUCCUAUGGGUUGAAUAUAGAAAUGCACAAGCAGGCAGAGAUUGUCAAGAGGCUGAAUGCUAUCUGCGCACAAGUCAUUCCUUUCCUGUCCCAAGAGCACCAGCAACAAGUGGUGCAGGCUGUGGAACGGGCCAAGCAGGUGACCAUGGCAGAACUGAACGCCAUCAUUGGGCAGCAACAACUCCAGGCUCAGCAUUUGUCACAUGGACAUGGUCUGCCAGUGCCGCUCACGCCGCACCCUUCGGGGCUUCAGCCGCCUGCCAUCCCGCCCAUUGGCAGUAGUGCCGGGCUCCUGGCCCUCUCCAGUGCCCUGGGAGGUCAGUCCCAUCUUCCAAUUAAAGAUGAGAAGAAGCACCAUGACAACGAUCACCAAAGAGACAGAGACUCCAUCAAGAGCUCCUCAGUAUCCCCAUCAGCGAGUUUCCGAGGCUCUGAGAAGCACAGAAACUCUACCGACUACUCCUCGGAGAGCAAAAAGCAGAAAACCGAAGAAAAGGAAAUCGCAGCUCGUUAUGACAGCGACGGUGAAAAGAGUGAUGACAACUUGGUGGUGGACGUUUCCAAUGAGGAUCCAUCUUCCCCCCGAGGGAGCCCCGCACAUUCCCCUCGAGAGAACGGCCUGGACAAGACGCGCCUGCUCAAGAAAGACGCUCCGAUCAGCCCCGCCUCCAUCGCAUCUUCCAGCAGUACUCCUUCCUCCAAAUCCAAAGAACUUAGCCUUAAUGAAAAAUCUACUACUCCUGUGUCAAAGUCCAAUACCCCUACUCCACGAACUGAUGCACCCACCCCAGGCAGUAACUCCACUCCUGGACUGAGGCCUGUGUCUGGAAAACCACCAGGAGUGGACCCCUUGGCAUCCAGCCUGCGGACCCCAAUGGCUGUCCCUUGUCCAUAUCCAACCCCGUUCGGAAUUGUGCCCCAUGCCGGGAUGAACGGGGAGCUGACGAGCCCUGGAGCCGCCUACGCCGGCCUGCACAACAUCUCCCCGCAGAUGAGCGCGGCUGCUGCCGCUGCCGCUGCCGCUGCCGCCUAUGGAAGAUCACCCGUGGUGGGGUUCGAUCCGCACCAUCACAUGCGUGUGCCAGCGAUACCUCCAAACCUAACAGGCAUCCCGGGAGGAAAGCCAGCCUACUCCUUCCACGUUAGUGCGGACGGUCAGAUGCAGCCGGUCCCCUUCCCCCCUGACGCCCUCAUUGGACCUGGAAUCCCCCGCCACGCUCGCCAGAUCAACACGCUCAACCACGGGGAGGUGGUGUGCGCGGUCACCAUCAGCAACCCCACAAGACACGUGUACACGGGCGGCAAGGGCUGCGUCAAGGUGUGGGACAUCAGCCACCCUGGCAACAAGAGUCCUGUCUCCCAGCUGGACUGUCUGAACAGGGAUAACUACAUCCGUUCCUGUAGAUUGCUCCCUGAUGGUCGCACCCUAAUUGUUGGAGGGGAAGCCAGUACUCUGUCCAUCUGGGACCUGGCGGCUCCGACCCCGCGCAUCAAAGCAGAGCUGACGUCCUCGGCCCCCGCCUGCUACGCCCUGGCCAUCAGCCCUGACUCCAAGGUCUGCUUCUCCUGCUGCAGUGACGGCAACAUCGCCGUGUGGGACCUGCACAACCAGACGCUGGUGAGGCAAUUCCAGGGCCACACAGAUGGAGCCAGCUGUAUUGACAUUUCUAACGACGGCACCAAGCUCUGGACGGGCGGCUUGGACAACACCGUCAGGUCCUGGGACCUGCGCGAGGGGCGGCAGCUGCAGCAGCACGACUUCACCUCGCAGAUCUUUUCUCUGGGCUACUGUCCAACCGGAGAGUGGCUGGCGGUGGGGAUGGAGAACAGUAACGUGGAAGUGUUGCAUGUCACCAAGCCAGACAAAUACCAGUUGCAUCUACACGAGAGCUGUGUGCUGUCCCUCAAGUUUGCCCACUGUGGCAAAUGGUUUGUGAGCACUGGAAAGGACAACCUUCUGAAUGCCUGGAGGACACCUUACGGGGCCAGCAUUUUCCAGUCCAAAGAAUCCUCAUCGGUGCUUAGCUGUGACAUCUCUGUGGAUGAUAAAUACAUUGUCACUGGCUCUGGAGAUAAGAAGGCCACGGUUUAUGAAGUUAUUUAUUAAGAACAAAUCUUCAUGCAAACUGGACUCCUUCUCCUUGUAGCACUUUGCGCUCUCAUCUUUUGGGUUUUUUGAUCACUCCCUACCCUUGCAUCUAAAACUAAGGAUUUCAAAUGCUCAUUGCAGUUGUGGAGUUUAAUUCCCUUCCUUAACCCCACUUCCUCCUUGCUAUUGAAUUGUGAAUACUCUUUAAGAACCUGUGAUACCAAAUCUUCAGCUGUCUAUUUGGAAGAACAUGGAAUAAGCAUACUUAACAGUGAACGGAAUCUUUAAUUAUGUAUUAUAUUUGUAAUAUAUUUAUUUUGUUUAAAGAAGGCUUUCUAACAAUGACUGACUAAAUAAAGCUGUCUGCUCCUGCAUUGAUAACGAAGGUGCAUUGUAUUUGAUACACCUCCCCUCCUUUUUUUGGUGAAGGAGGGGAAAAGAGGGUUUAAAAUAAUUGAUUAAAAAUGUCACUAAAUGUAGACUAUUGACUGUAUAGAGAUGUGAAAUGUAUAAUUACACAUGGAAGCAAUAUGUUGCCGUGUUAUUAGGUUUUUUUGUUUCUGUUUUCUACUUAUUUUAAAGAUCCUUGGAAAUCUGGCUGAACAAUUAGAACAUGAUAGGCCAAGUCAUAUUCAUUUGAGUCUGUUUGGACAACUUUAAUCACCAUACCUAUAGCUUUAGAUGAUAUUCGAUACAAGUAAUUGGACGUUUUCUUUUUCCUUUUUUUUGACUUGUUGACAAGUGUCUUUGUAAUAUGUUUUUAAUUCCCUUUUUUAAAUUGUAUUAUAGACAGAUGAACAUGUUAAAUUGGGCCUCAAAGAGAGAACUUAAUCCCUCCUGGAUGUUUUUGCCACCUUUCUUUGUAAAGGGAGCUGUGUAUCUUCGGGCAGUUUUGUUCUGAGAAAUUACAGGCUAUUUUGUGGCAUGCUCUUCGGGAGCUGCACAGACACAGGAAGGACUCCUACCGCUGUGCGAGUCAAGUCUUUCACAAAACAAGGACAGCGGAGGAGGGUUUGCGGAGACCUCCCUCCGGAAAACACAAAAGAACGGACUCGGUCCUGGGCUGAGGACUGCUUUCUUUACCUCCGGUUCUUUCCAUGUCUUAGUUGGAUGUCCCUGAAGUGGACACAGGCUGUGCCAUUGUGCCAGAAACAUUGUGUUAUCUUUUAUGUUGUUGUUGUUGCUGUUAAACUAUAAUAUGUGACUCCUUUUUUUAUUAUUAUUUUUUUGUUUGAAUGCUUUAAAAAAAAUCUUUUAAGUCUGUGGAUCUGCUGAUGUACAGUGCCUUUGCUGCUAUGGAUCAAAAUCAAAAGAACCGUGUAGAUAAACUUUAUUGUAUACGUAGAAAAUUAAUUUCAUACUAGAAAUGGAUGGAGGCCACAAGUUGAAAUGGACUGUCCAUUGACGUUCCUAAUGUGGUAGCAGAAAAAAAUGGUGUCUUAAGUGCUUAGUGUUUGAUGUCAUUAACAGUUUCGUAAAACUCUACAGUGUAGAAAGAUUUUGAUACUAAACUGUGCAUUGUACAUAGUUCUAAUGCAUUGUAUUGACCACCAGUACUUCUAUAAUGGUAGAUUGUUUGUGCAUUCAGACUUUUAAGCAUUAAACAUAAAUAACUUCUAGUAUGCUUA